AUGAUUUUUUGUACUUUUUAUUUUUAUUAUAUUUUUGUUAUUGUGUCAUCAUUUGUAUUCUAUUUUUUUACUGUUGAAGGAUGUUUUCCUAUUGGUAUUGAUGCUCCUAAAAGUUUUUCAUCAAAUACUAUAAUAUCAAAUUAUCGUGCACAAUCAUCUGUUAUAGCUAAUUGUAAAAAACUUGGUUGUAUAGAUGGUUUUAAAUGUACUGAUUCCGGAAACUGUAUAUUAAAAUCUCUUACGAUAAAAACAUUUGAUGAUAAUAUUAAAACUGAUCUAGAUAACAACAUUAAUUCUUUUUCUGAUAUUUUAACACCAAUGAAUAAAAAAUUAGGAAAAGUAAUUAUUAAGUUGCCAGAUACAAUUAAAAAAGAAGAUAUUAUUGAAGAAAAUAUUAAAAAUAAUGAAAACAGUAUUAUAAAUGAUAUUUCAAUUGAAGUUACGACAAAAAAAAUUAAAACAUUUGAUAACUUAAUAAAUAGAAAUUAUAGACCAUCUUCACGAUUAACGGCUGAUUUUGUUUUUAAACAAUGUUGUAUUGAUAGAAAAAUUCCUGAUAAUUGUAAAAGAAAAUGUACUUAUAACAAUUAUACAAAAGAAACAAUAAUGCAAAUGUAUCUUGGAAGAGAUAGCUGUCCAAUAUCAUAUGCUAGAGAGUUACAUUUUUGUGCAGCACAAGGUACUGAUCAUACAGAAUGUUGUAAGAGGAAAGGAGUUAAUACUACACCUGCUGGUGAUAAAUGUCUUAUAUUUUGUGAUCAAAGGCCAGGAAGUGUAGCAAUGCUUGAUACAAAUCAUUUACAUUGUUACAUUCAAUUUGAAAAUAUUAAAAGUUGUUUUUCAGAAAAAAAUUAA